UGCAAAUCUUCGAUUCAAAAAACUGCCCGGCUUCUUCUGCUAUUUCCGAGUCCUCCGAGUCUUCUAACCGUCUCCAAGUAAGUCUUUUUUUCCUUCCCUUUCUGAGUCAUGUCUGACCGUGAGGAUAGCCAGAACCCGUCCGUUCACUCCUAUGGUUCUGGUGGCCGGUCCCCAACCUUCGGUUCCUCUUCUUCUUCCUCCUCUGACUCUGAGCACCCGGCUACUUCUCCACAAAAGAAGCCGGCUGAUGCUUCCACUUGCGCUCCCUCUUCUUCCGUGGCGCAUGUGGUCUCGACUACCCAGCCCGGGGAAGAGGGUUUCAUCCAGCUAGACGACCGGUUGCUCCAGGAGCAACCGUCGUACAUGCAGAAGCCCCAAGUCCACGAACUGCGUAAUCUGAUGCCUGAUGGGUAUCAAUUGACCUACCGGGCAACGUGGAAGAGUAUUAUACCUCUCCACGCCGGCACGUCGAUUGGUAUCCAUUACCAUUCGAUCAAGGACCUGGGUGAAUUCUCUAUUCACCCAUUCAAAGUCCUUUUCCUUGAGACCUACGAGAUCAUGCCCGGGCAGCUGGCCCCCAAUGGUCACCGUUUGUUAGGCAGCUUCAUCAACGUCUGCCGGUUUCUCCGUAUUCCUCUCUCCCUUCGUCUCUUUGACUACAUGUUCGAUGUCCGGCCCGGGUCCAAGGAAACCCUUGGAUUCGUGGUGGUGUCUUCCCACCAAGGCCGGGCAUUCCUUUGUGGCCUUCCACCCUCUAACAAGAAGUGGAAGGACAAAUAUGUCUGUGUUAAAUUCCCCCCGACUGCCUUUCCUUUUGCCCAAAACGUCUGGGGGAAAAGGAUGAAGCGCCAGGUCAAACCAGCGGAGGCCGACGACCUGGUUGCUUGGGAAGCCACUCUCCGGGCCGGGGACGCCUCCACCCGCGGUCUGUACCACGUUGGGAAGUGGAGCGUCUACCCCGGCCGGGAGACUGAUCCCGAACCGGAGAUUGUUCUGCCCGGGGCGAUCCCCGAAGCCAUCCCCAUCCGCCAGGCGAGGGGAUCCAAAGCCCCGGCCACUACCAAUGCCGGUCCUUCACGCCCGGCGAAGAAGAAGAAGGAGAAAGGUCAAUCAACCGCCCUUCUCAUUUUUCAUUUGAUUCAAUUUGUUCUCAACUUCAUUCUUCUAACCGGUUCCUUUUUUGUUUCACUGGUGAAGUUCCAAUCCAAGUUCGCCGUCCCAGAGAUAGUGCUUGAGGAGCCCAUCACUGCUCAGCCCAUCAACCCUCCAUCCAGCCAGCCCUUCUCCCUGGAAGAGCAACCAACCCAAUCCCAUCAGGGGACCAACCAGCCCAUUCACUCGGGGGAUCUCUACAUCAAUGUAGAUACCUUCGAGUUCGACACCCUAAUGGGGGAGGCCGGGCACACAUCCCAAGCUGGGAGGGCAGGCCAGCCCAACGAGGAGGGCGAAGCCGAGGAAGAGGUAGCUGAGGAGUCUCUCCAACGGAAGAGGCGGAGGACCGAAGAGGUCAACCAACCAGCUCACCAAGGACCCCAGUCCUCCGACGCCGGCAAGGGGCCCAUUGUGCCUCGUUCUGGGCUCCUGAUGUCCCGGUCGAACGAAGAGCUUUUCCAAGCUUUUCGGGCCGACCUGAAUGAGCCGGAUCGGGGAGGAGUACUUUGCCGGCUGGUGAAGUCGAUGGAUGAGGAGAAGGCUCGGAUGGAGGCCAUGAUGGUCGAAUGCCGAAAGGAAGCCCAGGCUGCCCGGGCCAAGGCAGAGAAGAUAGAGGCCAAAUGGACAGAGCACUGUGCGAUUUACCGCCAGCUCUAUGCCAAGCACGACGGUCUCCUCAAGGCUGCAAAAGAGGCCGACGAGCAGGCUCAGGCCAAGAUCCAGCAGCUGGAGGCCGAGAUCGCCCGGGCUGCUGAGGAGAACCAGAGGCUAGGGGAUGAGAACGCCCGGUCUGCUGAGGAGAUCGCUCGGCUUAGCGAUGAGCUGCAGAAAGAGCAGUCGGAGCGGGCCGCCGUUGCCGCUGCCUGGGCAGCUCAGGCGCCAGAAGAGUUCGCUGCCGAGGCCUUGCCAGACCGGGAGACAGCCAUCCGCUUCUUCCAGGGUUUAUACAAGCAUCCGGUAUCGGCCGGCCUGGUGGACGAGAUUGGGACCUACGGGUUCGAAAGCGGCCAGUACUCAGAGCGGAAGGCCCUCUAUGGCAUCCUUGCGCAAAGGGUUCAAAGCUUCCAGCCCAAGUCAUCGUCUGCUCCAAUUAUCCCGGUGGCUGAAGUCUGGCCCGGUUGGAUGGCCGCGACUUCAAACCGGUCUCGUUUUCCGACCGGGGUAUCCUAGUCAGACGAAACUCUUCUAAUUCCCUUAGAAGCGCUCGGACCAGAUCACUAUACCGGGCCAGGCGAUCCUCUUUUACCUCCAUCU